GACGAUGAAGGUGAUGAGGACGAGGUGGAUAGCCAGGAGGAAGACGAGAACUACGAGCCGUCGGUGGCCUCUUCAGCCAGUGACGGCGAGGGCAGCGGAUCCGCCUCCGACGAAGAUGACGAGGACGAGGAUUGGGAGGCCGAAGAGGACUCCACCAGUGAGGGUUCUCUCGACUCGGACGAAUCCGAAGGCAAGAAUUGGGACCAGCUGGAGGAGGAAGCUCUGCGUGUCAACGCCGAUAAAUUUUUGAUUUAA